AUGUUUAAUAAUGUUUAUUCUUGUACAUUUAUUGAUCAUCUUAAUGAUCCUAUUUAAGGCUUUUGCUUAAAUCAAGAAUGCAAUUGUUCUCAAAAGUAAUUCUGUUUAAAGUGUAUUCAAGAAGAAGAUAAACAUUUUAAACAUAAAGAAGAUUGCAAAGGAUUCAAUGAAAUUCUCAAUUUAAUUACAAAAAAUAUAGCAACAUUCUCUAAUUUAUAAAAAGAAUUAGAGAGUUUAUUUAAAGAAGUUAGAACUAUUUAUGAUUAAUAAUUAAAGGAAUUAGAUGCUACUAAAUGUAAAUUAUCUAAUCUCUAAUAAAUGCUUGAAGAAUAGAAUUAUCAAGACCUAAGAGAAAAUUGUAAUUUAUCAUUAUUAAGGAUUUUAUAUUCAUUGACUUGGAAUAGUAAAAUUGGAUUAAACAAUUCUUAUAGUAUUAUAUUUUUAAUUAUAAAUAGAAAAUGAAUUAUUAAUAUAAGAUCCAAGAUUUAAGAACCUAAAAAUAUUAUUAUCUUCAUUCGAAUAACUUAAAAAUUAAUUUUCUGUACAUAUAAACAAUUCUCUAAUAAAUUCUUAAUAAUUAAGUACUGAUCUUUAAAUGUCAUAAUUGAAUGAAUCUUAAUAAUUAUUUGAAAUAGGUAUAUAUAUACAAUUAUAUUUAAAAAUAGGUAUUUAGUAUAUGUUAGAACAUGAAUGGGAGAAAGCAAAUGUUAUAUUUAAGAAAUGUAUUGAGAAAAAUAAGGAUGAUUAUAAGACUCUUUUCUUUUAAAGUAUAUUUAAUAAUAAUAAUUUAGGUUGGGUUUUAAUUGAAUUGAAUUAAUGUUAAGAAGGUUAGUAAUUAUUAGAGUAAUCUUAAGCAUUGAAUAAAAAUCUAUCAAAUGAUUUAAUUAAUUGGUGUAGUUGGGAAAGAAAAACAUCUUUUAAUUCAGUUUUAACUAUUGCUUAGGCUUAUGCCUUAGAAUUGAAUGAUAAUUAAGAGAAGGCUAUUCAAUUCUAUGAUUAAGCAAUAAAUUAUGAUAAAAGAUAAACCUUUGCAUAAGCAAGAAAAGGUUUAAAAUAGAUAUUAUUUUAGGAUGUCUUUUAAUAAAAUUCAAAAUUAAUGAUGCAGCUCUAGAAGCUUUCAAAGAGGGUUUAAACAUUACAUAUAAUAAAGCUUUUAUUCAUUAUUGUUAUGGUAUAUUAACAUGUAUAUCAAUAGGAAUUACAUUAUUGGAGAAUCAAGUUUAAGAUUAAGCAUUAAAUUCUUUUAAGAUAGCUGCAUAAUUUGAUCCUAAUUUUGGUUUGAACAAUUUGAAUAUUGGUACAAAAUAUUUAAUCUUAAUUUAGGUAAUAUAUUAAGGUCUUAACAAAAACUUUAAGAAGCACUUAGUUAUUUGGAUUUGGCAAUAAAAAAUGAUCCAAAUCUUCUCAAGGCAUAUACUAGCAAAAGUUAUUAAUAAUCAAAUAAAAUUUAGGCUUAGUUUUAUGUGAUAUGAAAAAGUAUGAUUAGGCAUUAGAUUGUUUAGAUGAAGCAUUAAAAAUAAAUCCAAAUUAUGAAAAAGCUUUUCAUUUAAAAGGUUUAAUCAAGUAUUAUUUUAGGAAAUUGUCUAAAAUAAUAAAAAAAAUAUCAGGAAGCAAUUUUGUAUAUAGAUUAAGCCAUAGCUUUAGAUAAUAAAUUUGUAAAUGCAUAUACUUUAAAAGGUAUUUAUUUAUUUUAUUUUGAGGAAAUUGUUUAUGUUAAUUGAAAUAAUAUGGUAAAGCUUUAUAAUAUUAUGAAAAAGCCUUAUAAUUAGAUAAAUAAUGCAUAGAAGCAUAUUUAAAUAAAGGUAUCUUAUUAAAAGAGUUAAAAAAAAAUAAAGAGGCAAUUGAAUAAUAUGAUUUAGCAAUAAAAUUAGAUCCUAAAUGUUCUUAUGCUUAUAGAAAUAAGGGUAUGUAGUUUUAAUUAAAAUUUAGGUAUUGUACUAGAAAAUAUUAAGAAGUAUGAGGAAGCAAUAAUAUGUUAUUAAAUGGCAAUUGAAUUUAAAGAUCCUAUAUCUGAGGAAAUAAAAAAAUGGAUAGCAUCAAUUAAAGUAAAGAAAGGUAUAUCAUGGAUUUUUGGAUAAUGA